UGGCCAGUAUGGUUGCUAAGCGGCGAAAAACGCUUUACUUCAUUGACGAGGCGGCUACAUCAUUUUUUAGCUAUUUUCUCUGGAUAUGAAGUCACAUCGUCAUCCACUUUCGAUGACUAUGUCACCGGACGAGCGCUGUUCAUUCAAUUUGGCAUUAAUCACGAAUACUGCAGAUAUUGUAUUCGCAAUGAUGACUUAGUUUUCUCGUACUUUUCUCGUGCCCCUACGAUGUGUAUGCAAUCCACCUACUAGCUGUUGUGCAAACUGUAAAACUACUACUGCACAAAUGCAUUUAAAUUCAAGCGCAAACACGUAAAGAGUUGCCUGGGGAGGCGGAAUUAUUUUAUCUGGGUUCGACUGGUCUGGUCUCGGGAGUUUCCUGAGGGCGCAAUGUUUGACUGUCAUGGAGGAAGCGUUCAAGUAACACAGCUAUAACGCUGUCACACAAUGGCCUCAGUAUUGGAGGAUCCCUGCGUGGAAAGGACCUUUAAGGGCCACAAAGAUGCUGUUACCUGUGUACAUUUCAGUCCAAACACUAAGCAAAUAGCCUCUGGUUCCGCAGACAAGAGCUUGAUGAUCUGGAAUCUGUCCCCCAAGGGGAGGUCUCUGCGCUUCGUCAACCAUCAGGAUGUCGUUACCUCGGUGCAGUUCUGCCCCGUGGGAAGCUUGGUGGCGACCUCCUCCAAGGACAGGAUGGUACGACUGUGGAAGCCGACAAUGAAAGGAGAGUCCACGGUGUUCAAAGCACACACAGCCACCGUGCGCAGUGUCGCCUUUUCCCAUGAUGGCCAAAGGCUUGUGACUGCAUCCGACGACAAGACCCUGAAAGUGUGGAGUGUCGGCCGGCGAUGUUUCAUGUACUCGCUAACUCAGCACACCAACUGGGUGCGAUGCGCCAGGUUUUCUCACGAUGGCCGCCUCAUAGUUUCCUGUGGGGAUGAUGGCACCGUCAGACUGUGGGACACGUACAGCAAAAACUGCAUCAACUGCUUCAGUGAUUACUGCGGUUCAGCAACCUUUGUGGACUUCAACUCAAGAGGCACCUGUAUCGCAUCGUCUGGGGCUGACAGCACGCUUAAAAUCUGGGACAUACGCACCAAUAAGCUCAUCCAGCACUACCAAGUCCACAGUGCAGGCAUCAACAGCUUCUCCUUCCACCCGUCCGAUAACUACAUGAUCAGCGGCUCUAGCGAUGGCACAAUCAAGAUUCUGGACCUACUAGAGGGACGCCCCAUCUAUACGCUGCAUGGACACAAGGCCGCUGUACUCACUGUGUCUUUUUCUGGUGCUGGGGAUCACUUUGCUUCUGGAGGAGUGGAUUCUAAGGUGAUUUUGUGGAAGACAAACUUUGACACCAAAUCCUACCGGGAAGUUCUCCAGCAACACAGCAGGAGGUCCACGCCCAUUCCCUCUCCCCACCUGACUGACAUCCACCCCCGCGCACCGUACCCUCACCUGGCACAGCCUCCAGACAUUCAGGUCAGUCCAGCCGUGGCAGACACCCAAACACCUGACCCACACGUCACAGAGAUACGGGACUCUGGUCAAGACAACAUUCCUUGCCCAGACCCUAGCUCCAGUGGCCCCCAGCACCACAGCCCCGUCCAUGCCGCUGAUGCUCCAUCUCAUCGUCCCGCCACCAUGACGGACGAUGACGACAGUACAGAGGAAGACACGACAGAGGAGGAAAGCAGCAGUGAGGACGUAGAGGUCCAAACCCGGGCGGCCUACAAAGGUAGUAGACAAAAACCACAAGAGGACGUGACCCGAAGGGACACCCGAGUGGAUCGCGAAGGUACUCGAGGAGAGGACAAGGCCAGGAAGGACACCCAUGUAGACAAAGAAGUACAUCGACGAAAACAUCGGGAGAGGAAGACCAGACGGGACACCGAAGUGAGCAGAGAAGGAAGUAGACGAAAGCGAAGAGAGGAUGAGCCCAGAAAGCAACAUCCUGACGGUCAUCAAGCCACUCAGCCUCCCCUGAACUCCAUCCUGGAGCACAUUGUUCAACAGUUGGAUGUCCUCACACAGACUAUUUCAUUGCUGGAGGACCGUCUCACUAUGACAGAGGACAAGCUGCAAGAAUGUCUCCCAACGGCACAGCAAACACAAGGAGCAGGCAGCAGCAAGACGGACAAACCGCCUUAGCACCACCUGAGAUGAGACAAAGCAUGAUUAGCAUAUUAGAUGUCCCUGUGAUUCUGUUUCUACCUCCAGAAGCAUGAAAACAAGACAUUUGCAAGCUUUACCUUCACAAGUAAAUGUCAUGUAAUUGCACAAUUACAAUGACAUCCUCUUUUAAAAUAUAAGUUAUGUAAAUAAAGGUCAUUUUUAACACAUACAGAUUAGUCAUAGUUAUCAUUCAUUGACCAGGAAGUCUACACAAAAGAAUUUAUUUCAUCAAUGGAAGAGUCUACCCCCAAAAUCCCAAUGGUACCAACCGUUUGUUCAUUUGCGAUAUAAUAUGUGGAACUGUGAACUGUACUGUGUGAUGUACUCAGGUAGAACUUACAGUAUAUA